AUGGCACCUAUUAUUUUGCUCCUCAGCACCAGUUCCCUGGUUCUAUCUUCCCUUCUCUCAACCACUCCGGCCGGACUUACCACCAAACGGCAAACUAACUACAUCAGCCGGAUGACCUUCAAGCCACCGGCGUCAACCUCGGCGGCUGGUUCCAACAAGAAGCCGUCAUCGACCCGACCUUUUGUACCCAAAAUUGCGCCAAUACAACCGAAGAAUGGACCUGCUGCACUCGUCUGGGCAGCAAAUGUGGCCUCGUCCUCGGGCGCCGCUACGCAACGUUCAUCCAGCCCGCUGACAUCAACAAGCUCGCCAGCAGCGGCAUUAAUGUGCUCCGCAUCCCCGACCACGUACGCUGCCUGGGUUAAGGUGCCUGGCUCACAGCUGUAUUCUGGAAACCAGGCCCAAUCAAGCCGAUGGACGCAAUCUUCGGCAUUGGAUUUGAAGAGCAUGUUCACUGGAAUGGCGGGAUCUAAAGCCGGUAAGGGGGCAGCUAAAAUUCCUGAACAAGACGAUACAAAUAGGAACAGUAUACGAACGAGUUAUUCUAUAGUCUGGACUCUCGACGGCGAAACCAACUUAGUGGCGAAUCGUACAUUGGGCGAUCUGAUUGAGGGAUUGUCGAGGAACCAGACACUGAGUAUGCUCCAUAGCAAAAGAUUGUGUAUCUGGAUGAGCUAUCCUUGGGACAUUCUCUCGGACAGACUACCCUCCCAGAGUCGAUCCAGAGGACCAAGCUCCAAUUUGCUGAAUCAUUCGAGAGAUGUUCUGAUGUACUGA